CCCUUCACUCUUCAGGACUCGAUGUGAAAAUAACCUCGACCUACGGAGGGCAGCAUUAUGCAACGGCUUCCCUGCGUCCAGCCUGCCGGAUCCCUAGUAGAAGAAGAAGCUGUGUCAGCUGUGAAUGCACGGCCUCGUCUGAAGUCGGCUGCUCUGCAAUCGCUGUUUUCAAUGAUUUGUGAGCCGACUGGUGACAAAAUGCACGGCUAAUCUGUGGACAUGUCUGUACAUUAUAUGUACCCGGAAGUCUGGAUUGUUCUGCUGCUUAUGUUUAGCUGUAGGCUGUCAACCUUUUAGUCGGGCGCGCUUGUUAGCCGCGUUAGCUCGGUUAGCUCCGUUAGCUGUCAGUUCGUUGUUUUUUUUUUCUCUCUGUCUUGAAAAAGCGUCACUUUCUUUCAAAUCACAUGAGUGUGUCUUUGGUCGUCAUCCGUCUGGAAUUAGCCGAGCAGUCUCCCUCUCCUCAGGAUUUUCAAUACUCCGCUAUUGAAGGCAUGUCCGAGGAGGAGCUGCAGGACAAAGCUUUGGGUUUAGCCAAACAUGCACUGAGUGGAAAGUCAGAGCUGGAGAGAGUAGCCGUGCUGCACCAGCACAUCGGCAGCAGAGCCAUGGGGGAUAUGGUGAUUGAGACGUUUGAACCCAGUCCAGAUAAAGGAGGAGGUGAGGAGCAGAGCAAAGCAGGAGCUGAGGCUUCUCGGGGAACGACAGGUUCUCUUCAGGAGGUGACAGCUUCUCAGGACAAAGAAGGCGCUCCGGGCACCGUUCCAGACUCUCCAUCCAAACAGCUACCCGAUCAGAUCUCCUUCUUCAGUGGAAACCCGUCCGUGGAGAUCAUCCAUGGCAUCAUGCACCUCUAUAAGACCAAUAAAAUGACGUCUCUAACUGAAGACGUGCGGCGCAGUGCAAUGGUCUGCAUCCUCACCGUCCCAGCCACCAUGACCAGCCACGACCUGAUGAAACUGAUGGCGCCAUUCAACGAUGUGAUGGAGCACAUGAAGAUCAUCAGGGACUCCACGCCCAACCAGUACAUGGUUCUGAUCAAGUUCUGCACGCAGGCGGACGCUGACAGUUUCUACACGGCGUGUAACGGCCGUCAGUUCAACUCCAUCGAGGAGGCGGUGUGCCAGCUGGUGUACGUGGAGCGAGCUGAGGUCAUCAGGUCCCAGGAGGGAGCCAGCCUGCCAGUCAUGGAGCUGACAGAACUUCCCAAGUGCACGGUCUGUCUUGAGCGGAUGGACGAAUCGGUCAACGGGAUCCUCACCACGCUUUGUAACCACAGCUUCCACAGUCAGUGUCUGCAGCGCUGGGAGGAUGCCUCCUGUCCAGUUUGCCGCUACUGCCAAACCCCGGAGCCGGUGGAGGAGAACAAAUGCUUUGAGUGCGGCGUGCAGGAGAACCUGUGGAUCUGUCUGAUCUGCGGACACAUCGGCUGUGGUCGCUAUGUCAGCCGCCACGCCUACAAGCACUUUGAGGAAACUCAGCAUACAUACGCCAUGCAGCUCACCAACCACCGUGUCUGGGACUAUGCAGGAGAUAAUUAUGUCCACCGACUCGUGGCCAGUAAGACUGACGGGAAAAUGGUGCAGUAUGAAUGUGAAGGAGACACGUGCCAAGCAGAGAAGAUUGACGCUCUCCAGCUGGAGUACUCGUACCUGCUGACCAGCCAGCUCGAGUCUCAGAGGAUUUACUGGGAGAAUAAGAUUGUUCACCUGGAGAAGGAGACUGCUGAGGAGAUAAACAACAUGAAGGCCAAAUUUAAGGAGACGCUGGAGCGCUGUGAUAACCUGGAGCGACGCUUAGGGGAGAUAACCAAAGACAAGCAGGCUGUCGAGAAGAAGUGCACUCAGCUGAGCUCCCGGGUGGUGAAACUAAAUCAGGAGCUGAAGGAGGAGCAGGAGAUGAAUCGCUGCCUCCGGGCCAACCAGGCUCAGCUGCAGGCCCAGCUGAGCAACGAGGAGGACAAACGCAAAGAGAGCGGAGAGCACAAAGAUUCAACGAUAGCUGACCUGCAGGAGCAGCUGCGAGAUGUCAUGUUCUAUCUGGAGACACAGCAGCAGAUCCAGCACCUACCCCCAGAGGCUCGCAGUGAGAUCCAGGAGGGACACAUCAACAUCCCGCCCGGGGUCUCGGACGGGGCCCCGGAGGGGGCCAGCUCCUUUGCCGCCAGGGGCCGCCGGGGCCGUGGCAGGAAGAGGAAGUAGAGCAGGGAGCGGAGUAGAUGGAGACUGAAGCAACUGCUCCUCUUGCCACUGUCACUUACCCCACACUCUGUUUCUGCUCUUCAAUGGAAUUGAUUUCAACAGAAACACUUGAGCUGGGGCACUCUUCAAAGCUCUGGUUCCUAUGGUCUUUCUCCUCCAAUCAGAGCCGAGCUGAACGAGACGGCCACACUAACAUUAAAUACCGUAUUUCAACUUCUUUUUAUUCUGUUUGUUUUUGUUUUGUCUGAUUGCACAAAAAUUAGUUCAAUAAAACAGAAAAAGUCCAGAUUUGGAAAAAUAAUCUGAAUUGUUUUCA